AUGUCAGGAGUUCGAUCUACAUCAAAUGCGUCUAUUCAUCGUAAUGCAAAUGAUGAUGGAAAAAGUAGAAGUCGUUAUUUUUUACAUCAUCAUGGCCCAGAUCAUUCUCAAGGACGAUCUUUGAGUUCCUUCAAGCAGCAUAUGUCUAGUAGUGCGUUAGGUCAUUUAAUAUCAAAUGCUAGUCAAAAACAUCUAUCUCGACAACAUAAGACAACUCAUCGAUUUAAAUACUCCAGUGCUGGUAGUCUGUCACAUAAUCAAGUACAUUCACAUAAGGAAAGCAAUAAUCAUUAUAAAACUGAUGAUAGAGUUUUUGAAGUUCUUCUAAAAGGACAUGUUUUUGUGCGUGCAACUUGUUCACGACUUCGAGAUCUGUGCGAAUUCUGUCUACAUUCAGUUCAUGGUCACUCAUAUUUGUAUUGCAGAAAUUGUCCCGUCGUAAUUCACAAUAAAGAUAUUUGUCAAGAACAUCUUACCAGAGUGUGUCCUGCUCCAGAAAUAGGAGUUACAGGAUGGGGUGAAGGAAAUUAUUCAGUUAAAUUUGAAGAAAGCUCAUUAAUAGAUUUAGAAGCAGUAUUCCUUUCAGCACUACCUGGCCUUCAGUCUAAUAAAUGUUUCGAAUGUGGAUGUGUAUUAGAUUCACACAGCGGACAUGAACUUAAAACAAAUAAUAAAAUGAAUGAAAAUAAUAUUUCAUCUAAUAAUAAUAAUAAUAAUAAUCACAAAUCAAUGAAACGUCAGAAAUCACACAAAGAAGUAUUUUCACACUUACGACGUGUUCGUUCUCAUCAUCAGUUCAGUCAAAUCGACAUUACUCCACAAGCUACAACUAUGCGUAUUUGUCAUAUGACUGGAAAAUAUUAUUGCGAACGUUGUCACUGGGAUGACACUUGGUAUGUACCAGGUUCAAUAUUCCUCCUAAACGAUACAUCUAAACAACCUGUUUGUCGUUCAGUCUACAUUAAAUUGUGCGUUAUUUGGGAUUCUUUGAUAUUGAAAGUUCCAGCUUAUUGGCAUCGUGAUAACCUUGAGGCUGGAAAGGUUUACGAGAUUCGCACCAAAUUACAACCACUUUUACGCUACGCAAUGUUAUGUCCAGAGGCUUCUUCCAUAAAGGCUAGUGCUGAACUUUCCGGACCAAGCUAUUUGUUGGGUAAUCCUGAUUAUUUUCGUAUGUGUGAUGUCCUUGAUGUACUCAAUGGAACACUUUAUUCUAGAUUAAAGGAGUAUCUGAAAAUUUGGUUUGAGCAUAAAACACACUGUGAAAUUUGUAAUGAUACCGGAAAAUCUAUUGAAACGGAUGAUGCAAUAUGGCUUUGUAACAAACCAUCAUAA